AUGGAAAGAGUUAGAGUUGUUCUUAGGGUGCGGCCGAAUGCUGAUGGGAGUGAUGAUGAGGACAUUGUGGAUAUAAGGAGCCAGCGAAAAGUUGUGAUAUCUAAACCUGGAAAAAAGAACACAUACUUGCUUUCACAGCAAACUAGAUAUUACGAAUAUACGUUUGAUCAUAUAUUCCCACCUGAAUCUGGUCAAGAAGCUGUUUACAGCAUAUCAACAUGUAACUUUUUAAAAAACGCAAUUUCAAAUGGAAUUAAUUUUACGGUUUUCGUUUAUGGAGCAACAGGCACAGGUAAAACUUAUACCAUAAUUGGAAACGAAAAAAAUCCUGGGAUAGUGAUUAGAGGGAUUAAUGAAACAUUUGAGCAACUUUUUAGCAAUGAAAAAUUAAUUAAGGAUAAUGAACCCGACCUAAAUAGUAACGAGAAUAAUAACUCAAAUGAAUUGAGACCUAACUCCAAAUUCUUUGUAACCGCAUCAUAUAUGGAAAUUUAUAAUGAAACAAUUAGAGACCUACUAAAUCCAUCAAAUAAUUCAAAUAAUGGCCAGUACUCUUGUGAAAUUCUAGAAGAUCAAUCAAAUAUACAAAUCAGCAACCUUACUCAACUACUUAUUGAAAAUAGUAAAGAGGGAAUUCAAGCCUUAAAUUUUGGAAAUAAAUACCGAAAGAUUGAACAAACUGCUGCAAAUAAUGUAUCUUCAAGAAGCCAUGCAAUUUUUCAAUUGUCAAUAUUUUUAGAAGGAAAAAAACUGUAUAUGUCAACGAAUAAUAAUCCACACAAAUUCGUAAGAAGUAAUAAUUAUAAAAAUGAGCAUUUCCCUAGUGAAAAACUAUAUAAACCAUCAAUAAAUAAUUCAAUGAAUCCUCAACUUUGGUGUAAAAUUUCGUUUAUCGAUCUUGCCGGUUCUGAAAGAGCGAGUGCAACACAAAAUAGAGGAAUUAGAUUAACUGAGGGUGCUCAUAUUAAUCGGUCAUUACUGGCUUUAGCUAAUUGCAUUAACUCUCUGGCUUUAUCAAGCUCAAGCGUUGAUGGACAGGCCAUUCUUAAUCAAAAUAGUGAUGUUAGGCACCAUGUUAAAUAUAGAGACUCUAAAUUAACUCAUAUAUUGAAGAAUAGUUUAGAAGGUGAGAAAUGUUUUGUUGUAAUGAUAGCAAACAUUUCUCCAUCAUCCAAGGCAUUUGAAGAAUCUCACAAUACAUUGAAAUAUGCAAACCGAGCAAAAAAUAUAAAGGUUAAAAUAUCUAACCAGUUAUUUAAUGAGAACGAAGAAGGGGAUUCGUCAUGUACUUGUAAUUGCCGUUUUGGAAUUAAUACUGACCAGAAGGUUAAAUCUUUUAAAAAUUCUCAGGUAGACUCGUCUUCUCAAACCAUGAUUUCUGGAUUAGUUGGAACUGACGAGAAGAAAGUACCCCAAGAAGAGAAUAACCAUGGCCUAAAUUUGAUUCAACACUUAAAUAAUAACAUAUAUGAUGUAAUUAAUUCUAUGAGCGAAUUUUCAAAUCAUAUAUCAGGCAAAAAAGUUAAUGAGACAAUAAUUGAUGAUUCAAACUACAUUUUGGAGAAAGAGAAUAAUUCACAAUUUCAACACAAUGAAAUAAAUUACUUAGAAAAGCAAUUAAACAGAACUAGCUUUGUUUCAACACAGUCCAACGAUGAGAACCACGUUGUGGAACUAAACAAAAUGAAUGAAUCAAUUUGUAAUGAAAAUUCUUUCAGAGAAUUAGAAUCGAAAAUAUUCAGUAUAAUGACGGAUUCACUAAAAAAGUUAAAGGAAAUUAAGUUAGAAUAUAGUGAAAUAAUAAAUAAUGAGGCUUUACUAUUAAAGAAAAUACAAGAUUUAGCGGAAGAUUUCUCGAUAAAACGACAAAAAAAAUAUACAGAGUCUGUACAGGAUCAAUCAUAA